UUGAGUUUCAGUCUAGCUCCGAUGCAUAUGUAAGUUUUUGUGCCAUAUUGUUAUUUGUUGUUUUAGUUAUUCCUACUUGAUAUUGUGUGAAUUGUUUGACUUAGAGGUGAAGGUGAAUUUUUCAAUCUUAUCCCUAAGGUACUCUCCUGAGACCCCACUUGUGGGAUUAUGUUGUUGUUGGUUUGGAUUGUGAAAAAAUGUGUAUUUUUCAAGUGAAUGACUGGUGCUUUAAUCUGAAUGGUUGAUAUGGUCUAGUUGAAGUAUGCAACAAUUUCGCAAUGCCAUAGAUGUCAUUCCAUUUUAUAGAUCUACUAUGGUCUUUUUUUUUCUUCUUUUAUUAUUUCCGGUUCCAAGAUAAAAUGAAAUUUGGGAAAGAAGGGGACGGUUUAUCUUUACAUGAAAAACGGGGUAAGUUCAAUAUUUUGUCUUAUUUUGGAUAAAUGAGCAGCAAAAAGUGAUUGUCUGCGAAUUUAAUACAAAAAUGUUGAUUGUGCAGUGUAAACUGAAAAAGUAUAGUUACGUGGGUGCAAAGUGUUGUGUUAGUCCAAAUUUUUGAGGUGGAAUUUGAGUCGCAGAUCCUGGAGUCUUGUUAACUUGGAUGAAAGCUAUUGGGCACAAGAGAUGCAGUCUCUGUUCUUCAUGUAGGUUGUUCUCAUCUUCAGUUCAAUGGAUUUCUCCUCUGCAUUACCAGAACAGGAAUUCCCUGAGGCCAGAUGUUCCUAUCGAGAGAGAUGGCACUGCAGAACAAGUGCCAAGAAAACGCAAGUAUAUAUCUCAUGAAUCUGCAGUCAAUUUGAUAAAACGAGAGAAGGAUGCACGACGUGCCCUGGAGAUCUUUAACAAGGUUUCUGAUCAGAAGGGUUUCAAUCACAAUAACUCUACCUAUGCUGUUCUUCUCCAUAGACUCGCUGUUUGCAAGAAAUUCGAAACAGUUGAUGCUAUUAUUCAUCAGAUGAAAUAUGAAACUUGCAAGUUUCAUGAAGGCAUAUUUACUAAUCUCAUGAAGCAUUACUCCAAAUCCUCUCUCCAUGACAAGGUUCUAGAGAUGUUUGAUGCAAUCUUGCCUAUUGUUCGGGAAAAACCUUCCCUCAAUGCCAUUAGCACAUGUCUGAAUCUGCUUAUUGAAGCAAAACAGAUGGAGCUGGCGAAGGAAUUUCUCUUAAACAUGCAGAAGCAUCUAGAUUUGAAGCCCAAUACAUGCAUUUUCAAUAUCCUGGUCAAGUAUCAUUGCAGAAAAGGGGAUGUUGAAGCUGCAUUUGUAGUAGUAGAAGAGAUGAGAAAAUCAAGAGUUUCUCAUCCUAACUUGAUUACUUACAGCACCCUCAUGGAUGGCUUAUGCCGUUGUGGAAGGCUUCAAGAUGCGAUUGACCUUUUUGAGAAAAUGCUUGCUAAGGAUCAGAUUCCGCCAGAUGCAUUGACUUACAAUAUCUUAAUAAAUGCAUUUUGUCGUGCAGGAAAGGUGGAUAGAGCUAGGAACAUAAUAGAAUUCAUGAGGAAAAAUGGAUGUCAGCCAAAUAUAGUUAAUUACACAGCUUUGAUGAAUGGAUUUUGUAAGGAAGGAAGAGUGGGAGAUGCCAAGGAGGUAUUUCAUGAGAUGAAGGGAGUAGGCCUAACACCAGACGUAGUAGGCUAUACAACAUUAAUAAAUUCCUUCUGUAGGGCUGGUAAAGUUGAUGAAGGCAUCGAGUUACUUGAAGAAAUGAAGGAUAAAGGGUGCAAAGCUGAUGACGUGACAGUAAAAAUCAUACUCGGGGGAUUGUGCAGAGCCUCCAGAUCAAGUGAAGCUUUCGAUAUGCUCGAGAAGUUACCUUAUGAUGGUGUCCAUCUAAGAAAGGAAAGUUACAGGAUCGUGUUAAAUUUCUUGUGUAAAGAAGGUGAUCUAGAAAAGGCGAUGGAGUUGUUAGGUUUGAUGUUGGCUAGACGAUUUGUGCCCCAUUUUGCUACGUCAAAUGAAUUGAUAGUGCAACUUUGUGAGGCUGGAAAGGCAGCUGAUGCAGCUUUGGCAUUGUUUGGGCUGUUAGAGAUGGGGUUUAAGCCAGAGCCUCAGACAUGGGGUAUGUUGAUUGAUGUGAUAUGCAGGGAGAGAAAGUUGUUGCCUGCAUUUCAAUUACUUGAUGAGUUGAUUCUGCAAUAGUUAUAUGUGUUGUGAUUGUAGGCAUUUUGUAUUCUUGUUCAGUGACUUCUAAAAGAAUAUGCCAAUUUCGGCGUCAUUAGCUUGUUGUAGACAUCAACAUAUGUUCGUUGGAAGUUUAAUCUGCACUUGUUAUGCAUUUUUCCAUCCUAAUGUUUGCUCCCUCGAAUGAAUUACUACUUAAAAAAAUAAAUGAAAUUGCUACUUCGUUUUUCUGUUGCUGGAAAUCAGCCUCCAGGUACGACAUUCUUUUCCAGAAAAAGGCAGCAGCUUGCAUUUGAAUGAGCUAAGGAGCUAUGCAAGAACUCAAAU